GAGAUGUUCCCAUGUGACGUUGGCGCAGGGCCUCGGAUCACAUCGAGUGAUGGUUUAGGAGUCUCUAUCGGUGUUCGCGAGGCUGUUUCGCCUUCGUCCUUUCGCGGAAAUGUCGACUCUCGAAGAUUCGAACAGGAAAAAGAAUAUUUCUCGAUCCGGAAGAGCGGGGCUUGUUCUACCGGUGGGACGUUUGGCACGAAUGCUUAAGAAGGGUCAAUACGCCAAAAGAAUCGGAUCCAGUGCUCCCGUCUAUCUCUGCGCUGUGCUCGAGUACUUGGUGACAGAAGUCUUGGACAUGGCAGCAGAUAUGGCGAGAAAGAAUAAAAGGCUCCGGAUAACGCCGAGACACAUCAUGCUGGUCAUAAGGGGUGACGAGGAACUGAAUUCGAUCCUUGAGAAUGUAGUUUUUGCCAACUCCGGUGUCAGACCGAGCAUCCAUCCGAUGCUUCUGCCAGUGAGCAGUCGGAAGAAAGCUGCUUCAGUAGAAGAUGAAGAAUCGUCGGCAGACGGGGAAGAUGCGGCGGAAUCAGAUAAGAAUAUCGGGCCCUCUCAAGAUUUCUGAAAGGAUAGGGGGCAUUUUAACAAGAAGUAGAGAUACGAUUUAACAUAAUUUCGCGAUUUACCUGAGAUGGCUCCAUUCAGGUCUCGAAGAUACUUCAGCGAAGCAUUUUAAGAACGAUUUCCGAAGUUGUUAUCCGAGUCGAAAGAUAAUAAAGACCUGUCCAACAGUUUUAAAAUCCU